UUCUUCCCGCCACCCGUGCCCAACCCCUUCGUGCAGCAGACGCGGAUCAGCGCGGCGAAGCGCGUGCAGACUUUUCUUCUUGGAGUUAUUCUGCUUCCACUCCGUGCUUUAUUGGUUGGAUUGAUUAUAUUACUGGCGUGGCCGUUUGCAGCAGUUUCAACAGCAUGCUGUCCUGAAAAGCUGACCCACCCGGUAACUGAUUGGAGAAGGAAAAUUACUCAGCCAGCUUUGAUAUUUCUCGGUCGUGCCAUGUUCUUUUCAAUGGGAUUUAUAGUUACUAGGAAAGGAAACAUUGCAAGUCCUUUGGAAGCACCAAUUUUUGUCGUUGCUCCUCAUUCAACAUUCUUUGAUGGAAUCGCCUGUGUUGUAGCUGGGUUACCUUCUCUGCUGUCUCGAAAUGAAAAUGCACAGGUCCCUCUGAUUGGCAGACUGUUACGGGCUGUGCAACCAGUGUUAGUGUCCCGUGUAGAUCCAGAUUCCCGAAAAAAUACAAUAAAUGAAAUAAUAAAACGAGCAACAUCAGGAGGAGAAUGGCCUCAGAUACUAGUUUUCCCAGAAGGUACUUGUACUAAUCGUUCCUGUUUGAUUACUUUUAAACCAGGAGCCUUCAUUCCAGGAGUUCCAGUGCAGCCAAUCCUCCUCAGAUACCCAAACAAGCUGGACACUGUGACCUGGACAUGGCAAGGAUAUACAUUCCUCCAGCUUUGUGUGCUUACUUUCUGCCAGCCCUUUACAAAAGUAGAAGUUGAGUUUAUGCCUGUUCAGGUACCAAGUGAUGAAGAAAAAAAGGAUCCUGUUCUUUUUGCCAGUAGAGUCCGGAAUUUAAUGGCAGAGUUUUUUAAUUUACCGGUAACAGAUCAUACCUAUGAAGAUUGCAGACUGAUGAUCUCAGCAGGACAGCUCACGUUGCCUAUGGAAGCUGGGUUGGUGGAAUUUACUAAAAUCAGCCAGAAAUUGAAAUUAGACUGGGAUGGUAUCCGUAAACAUUUGGAUGAAUAUGCAUCUAUUGCGAGUUCCUCAAAGGGAGGAAGAAUCGGAAUUGAAGAAUUCGCAGAGUAUUUAAAGUUACCCGUUUCAGAUGUCUUGAGACAACUUUUUGCACUCUUUGACCGGAAUAAUGAUGGCAGUAUCGACUUCCGAGAGUAUGUGAUUGGCCUGGCUGUCCUGUGCAACCCUGCCAACACAGAGGAGAUCAUCCAGGUGGCAUUUAAGCUCUUUGAUGUUGAUGAGGAUGGCUGUAUAUCAGAGAAAGAGUUUUCCACCAUUCUGCAGGCUUCUCUUGGAGUUCCUGAUCUUGAUGUUUCUGGUCUCUUCAAGGAAAUCGCCCAAGGGGACUCUAUUUCCUAUGAGGAAUUCAAAAGUUUUGCCCUGAGGCAUCCAGAAUAUGCUAAGAUAUUCACAACAUAUUUAGACCUCCAGACGUGCCAUGUGUUUUCAUUGCCAAAUGAAGUACAGACAGCUCCUUUUGUUGCAAGCAAUAAAGUCAGCCCUGAAAGUCAUGAAGAAAAUACCUCAGACAAAAAAGAUGACUAAGAACAGCACAUACACCCAGAGAAGAGAAUACAGUGGUUUUUGCUUAAAAUUAAAAAUACAUUUAUUAAUUGUGUUUUAAAUGUGCUUGUGGAGUAAGGUUGUUUAAAGAAGAAAUUGUCUAUGUAACGCUGAUCGAUUUUCUUACUGAAGCUGCUUUUAUUAACUGGUGUUUACCAAGUAACAUUUCUUUUCUUUUGUGUUGCAUUGUAUUUUGCUGUUUGGUUUACUGGUGAUCAAUAUUUUGUGUUUUUAUGGAUUUUCUAGUAUAAUUUACAUAACCAAAUGAAUAUGUUGGUCUUACUAUUUAUUGGUCAGCAUUGAUCAACUUUGUAAAGAUUUUAAUGCAGUACAAAUACUGCAGUCCAUUUUCCUUUAAAAAACAAUAAUAGUAUGAGUCAGAGAUUUUGCAGACUGUUUUAUUGUUAACUUCAUAGAUUAAUGUUUGCAUUUGAAUUUCAGUUUUUUAGAUCAGUUUCAUAUGGGAAGAAAGAGCUCCAUUAAUUAGACUGCUUAAGAACUUACAUUUUCUUUAAAUGCAUCUCUAUUGCAGAUUCCCUUAAACCACCUGUUAAGGAAAUUGUUUCCUUUUACGUGAUCUAUAGGGUUAGAACUUGGUUUUAAAGAUGACUGCUGUGACAAGAGAGAAGAGACUAAGUGGGAAUGGCCUUAUUGAAAGUAACAUUGAUUACCUAAUGAGAAAAUGAAUUGUUUGCCAUAGAGUUUAAUUUAAUUUUAACUGGAUGGUUCAGAAGCUAGCACUUGUCCAAUAAAUGAAUCAGAUCUGUUCUAUUUAUAUAAUAGUAGAAUUAAUAUAUUUUACCAUCCAAGAGGGAAUUUUAUUUUGUCAAUUAUCCUCUCAAAUUUUAGAGCUUGUCUAAAAUAUCUAUAUAGAAAACAUAAAAAGUUCCAAAAUAUCUCUAAAAGCUAGAGAAUUAAAAAAGAAAACCUACUUUAUUAGUGCAUGACCACAAUUUAUGCCUUAGGCAGGAAUCCAACAUUAACAUUUUCUUUCUCUAGGUUAAGCAAUAAUUUCCCUGAAGUGCCAUUUUUAUUAGGUCUCAUGCAUGCAUAUUGUUAAUGUCAUUUAUGUUUGAGAUUUUGAACAAAGAACUAGUUUAUUAAUAUAAUUAUAAAAAUAGUGGAUUAUUAUACUGACUUCAGUCUUUGAAAUCAAACUCUUUGUUUUGGCUAUGUUUUAGAAUGUAUUAGUGAUUCACCCUCCAGCUAGUUGUUUAAAGUUCAUUUUUCGAAGCUGCGAAGCCUCAUGAGAGUAUUGGAGAUUAUAUUUAAUCAAGAGUCGCGACUUUAAACUAGUUUUACAUAUUAAGCACUUAGUGUUCUAAUUUCAUAGAUAAAUAUGUACUUGAAUAAUUGAAUACCAGAAAAUUUCAAUUUUAAUUAUGUGUAAUUAUUUGCUUUUUAUAUGUCUUAAAGCAUUUUAAAAGGGUGUUAAAUGAGCAUACUUAAUUAUUACUUAUUGCAUAAAAAUUGCACAAGUAAUUAUUAAGUAAUUUAUAGCAGUGCCUGACACGUGGUAAAUAGGUGUAAAUAUUCAAGUACUAUCACUGUUUUUCACCAACAAAACAAUAUACCGUGGACCCUUGACUUAUAAACUCGAUUGGUUCCCAACGGCUGAUUGUAACUAAGUCAAUAAAGCUGAGAUCUAGAUGUUUACAUGGGUACCUGCUAUAGGUAACUAGAGGCAGAUGAAUCUUCCAUUAACCUAAUUAACCCAAGUUGUUCAUAUGUCAGCCCAAUUGUACUUCGAGAGUCUACUGUAUUUUAGUCCUAUUAAUAAUAAAAGUGCUAUUGUAAAUUAAAAGCUAUCAGGUUCUUAAUUAUGGUCCCAUUGUUUUCCUGUUUUAUCAUAAUAUUUUAUGUUGUUU